AUGAAUACUCCCUCGUCGGCCUCGGAGUCAUCAGGUGACUUCGUCAACGAUUUCAGCACCAAUGGCUUCACAACAAACCUGAUAUUCUUCAGCAACGAAUUUCCCAAUGACGAUCUCAAAGAUGUUUUCCGCCGUCUCCAUAGACAUAGCAAGGAUAGGCGGUUCACGUUGUUGGCUACAUUCCUGGAAAACUGUGCUCGGGUCUUGAAAGAAGAGACCAGCCGUUUACCGCAGCACCUGAGGGAACUCAUUCCUCCAUUCGAGGACUUAUUUACACUAGUGGAUGGUGGCCAGUUCCGCCUAGGCCCACUAGGAGCGUCUAUGGAAAGCGCCUUUCUCUGUGCCCUCCAAGUCGGGAUGAUUAUUGGUCACCAUGAAGGCCAGCACAUUGAUUACGACCUCACCGCCGAGAAUACGGUUCUCGCCGGAUUGAGUAUCGGAUUGCUCGCCGGCGCAGCUGUUUCACUCUCCAAGAAUCUGCAUGACCUCACUACCACAGGUGCUGAGAGUGUUCGGGUUGCUUUCCGUCUUGGAAUCUACAUCGACGAAAUCUCUCGAACGGUAGAAGCUCGGGAUCCUGGUGCACCUCCCCAGAGCUGGGCUUAUGUCGUGACUGGGAUGUCUGCAAAAGAUGUCCAGCAGGAGAUCGACCAGUACAACGCCGACACCUGCAAUGCUGAACUUACCAAGAUCUUCAUCAGUGCUGCGGAUAAGAUCUCAGUCAGUGUCAGUGGGCCACCCUCCCGCCUGAAGGAUAUCUUCUUGCGUUCGCAGAAGCUUCGGCAUUCCAAGUUUCUACCUCUUCCAGUAUAUGAGGGCUUGUGUCAUGCACCUCAUUUGUACAAUCAGGGGACGAUCUGUGAUGUUAUCAGCAAGCCUGAACCAAAGAUCCUGCGCAACAAGCGGGUACAGAUUCCAUUAAUCUCCUCGCAAACGGGGAAGCCUUUCAGUUCAUUGUUAUCAGGCUUACUAUACGAGGAAAUCUGCACUGAGCUCCUCACUGGCUCCAUAUACGUGGACAACGUUACUAGGGGGAUCAUUGACGGUAUCUCCAAUUCUCAUUCACUUGGCUGCCAGGUGAAAUUCUUCCGCACGACCCUUAUCUCCAACGGAAUCAUCUCCGCCAUCGAAACAGAACUCCCCCAAGUCAGCAUCAAGCGCCAGGAUUUGCUAGACUGGGCCCAUCUAUAUUUCGGACCUCGUCAGCCACGACAGUUCAAAGAUUCCAAAGUGGCAAUUGUUGGAAUGGCUUGUCGCCUGCCUGGGGGUGCAGAUGACACUGAAUUGUUCUGGAAGCUAUUGGACGAUGGACGUGACACCCACACACGUGUGCCUGCUGAUCGGUUCGACCUGGAGACCCAUUAUGACCCUACUGGAGAGACUGAGAACGCAACGCAAACGCCAUUUGGGAAUUUUAUCAAUAGCCCUGGUCUCUUCGAUGCUGGAUUCUUCAAUAUGUCCCCCAAGGAAGCCGAACAGACUGACCCAAUGCAGCGUCUCGCAUUGGUAACUGCGUACGAAGCUUUGGAAAUGGCUGGGUAUGUCCCAAACCGGACGUCUUCGUCCAACAGCAAACGUGUUGGAACGUACUACGGACAGGCAAGUGACGACUGGCGUGAGCUAAAUGCCAGUCAGAAUCUUGGAACAUACGCCGUUCCAGGUGGUGUACGUGCCUUUGCAAACGGUCGUAUCAACUACUUCUUCGGGUUCGCUGGUCCAAGUAUCAAUCUCGAUACUGCUUGUUCAAGUGGCCUGGCUGCUGUUCAAGCUGGAUGCUCAGCACUCUGGGCGGGAGAAGCUGAUACCAUUGUUGCUGGCGGUCUGAAUGUGAUCACCGAUCCUGACAAUUAUGCUGGACUUUGCAACGCGCAUUUCCUAUCGAAAACUGGCCAAUGCAAGGUCUGGGAUGAGAACGCCGACGGCUACUGUCGUGCUGAUGGCGUUGGCUCGGUUGUUCUCAAGCGAAUUGAAGAUGCCGAGGCCGAUAAUGACAACAUUCUGGGUGUCAUCCUCGCCGCAGCCACCAACCAUUCAGCGGAAGCGAUCUCAAUCACCCACCCACAUGCUGGUGCUCAGAAGGAUAACUAUAAUCAAGUCAUGCAGGCUGCCGCCGUCAAUCCCCUCGAUGUGAGCUUUAUCGAGCUGCAUGGAACUGGCACUCAAGCUGGCGAUUCGGUUGAAUGUGAGUCGGUCUGCGAGGUAUUUGCUCCUGUAUCAUCACGCCGUCGCGAUAAUCAAUCUCUUCUUCUGGGUGCUGUCAAAUCCAACAUUGGUCAUGGCGAAGCCGCUGCAGGCAUUGCAUCUUUGAUCAAGAUGCUUCUUGUCUACCAAAAGAGCAUGAUUCCUGCUCAUAUUGGCAUCAAGACAAAAAUAAACCCCGCCCUCCGCAAGUGUCUGGAAAAGCGCAACAUCGGACUUGCCAUGGAAAUGACUCCUUAUCCAAGACGGAAAGGAGCCAGCCGUUACGCUGUUGUUAACAGUUUUGGUGCUCACGGUGGCAACACUACUGUCCUUCUCGAGGAUUCCCCUGAAAGACAGGUGGUUGGCACAGACCCUCGGGCAACCCAUGUUAUUGCAGUCUCCGCAAAGAGCAAGGGGUCGCUGAAGGGCAACAUCGAAGACCUGUUAUCAUAUAUGGAGAAGAAUCCGCUCACUGACCUCGGUGAUCUGGCCUACACGGCCUGUGCUCGGCGCAUCCAGCAUAACUUCAGGGUUGCUACGGCUGCAUCUAGUCCUGAUCAACUUCGCCGGUUCCUCGAAAAGUCUUUGGAAACUGUCUCCACGCUGCGUCCCGUUCCACUCGAUGCUCCCUCUGUGGCAUUUACGUUCACCGGUCAAGGGGCCUUCUAUGAAGGGAUUAGUGCACAGCUGUUUGAGCAAUUCCCCUACUACCGUACUCAAGUCGUUCAGUUGGAUGAUAUAGUUCAACGUUUUGGAUACCCAUCCAUCAUUCCUGUGAUCACAGGGAGUGUCGAAACCCCCGGUGUCUCCCCCUUUGUCCUCGUUGUGGAGAUUGCUUUGGCGAGGUUCUGGGCCUUUUUGGGCAUUCACCCUACUGCUGUAGUUGGGCACAGUCUUGGUGAAUACAGCGCUUUGGUUGUUGCAGAAGUGAUCUCUGCAGCGGACGCGAUUCUGCUCGUAGGACAGCGCGCAUUCUACACAAUGGCAGAAUGUCAGGCUGGAACUCAUCUCAUGCUCUCUGUUCUAGCCAGCAUUGAGGACAUUCAGCUUGCUGUCGAACAUGUUGGCAAGUACGAAGUGUCAUGUCAUAAUGGUCGGAAUGACACAGUCAUCAGUGGUACUCGUGAUGAUAUCGUGGAAAUCCGCGGAACUCUAGAAGCCCAUGGUUUGAAAUGCACUCCACUUGACCUACCAUUUGCAUUCCACACCAAGCAGAUGGAGCCAAUGUUGGACCUCUUCGAGCAGACUGCCAAGAACAUCUCGUUCAAUGCUCCCCGUCUCCCUGUCAUAUCUCCGCUAUUGAGCGCAUGUGUGUUUGACGGAAAGACCAUCAAUGGAAAUUACCUGCGUCGUGCCUCACGCGAGCCUGUGAACUUUGUUGGUGCUCUCGACGCAGCCCAGGCAAUGGGUAUCAUCGAUCCUCAGACAAUCUGGAUUGAUAUUGGACCGCAGCCCAUUUGUGCUUCGUUUAUUACCAAGCAUUUCUCAGGCGCAACGGCCUUGCCGUCGCUGAAGAAGAACGAGAACAACUUUGCGACCCUGACAAAGACACUUGCAUCACUGCACACUCACGGUGUGGAAAUUUGCUGGAACGAGUACUACCGGCCUUAUGAGCACACGCAUACCCUGCUCAACCUCCCCCACUACCACUGGAACGCGAAGGACUACUGGAUUCAAUAUAUUGGAACCUGGACACUUGACAAGGCUCUCUUGAAAUACGGACAAACUAAAACCAAAGAUGCAUGUGACAUGCGCGCCAGCUCGGCACUCCGAACUUCUGCUGUGCAUCAGAUUACCAUGGAAGAGAUUGGCAACACUACUGGCCAGCUGAAGACUUUAUCCGAUGUGAUGCAUCCUGAUUUCCUCUCUUCAGUGAAAGGACACACAAUGAACAGCUGUGGCGUCGCCACUUCGUCAAUUUGGUGUGAUAUGGCGUACACCGCCGGAGAUUAUCUAUUCAAGCGUAUGAAUCCUGCUUGCAAGAAAGUGGACAUGAAUCUGGCAAACAUGGAAGUUCUUCAUGCCACCAUCGCCAAGAAACCCUCGAGUGGUCCUCAACUAAUCGCUCUCGAGUGCAAUCUGAACAUGCCUUCUCGCGCAAUGACUCUCGCAUGGUAUCACUUUGGAGAAAGUGGCACUCGUGACGAAGUACCCUUCGCAACCGCCGACAUGUUCUUCGAGGAGGCUGCAGAGUGGCGUGCCGAAUGGGACCGCGUAUCUCACCUCGUCAGCGGACGCAUCGAGGCCCUCAGCCAAAUGGCAACCGCGGGAGUCUGUAGCAGAAUAUCCAAAAACAUGGCCUACACUCUGUUCAAGAAUGUGGUUGAUUAUGCUGACAAGUAUCGCGGCAUGGACUCGGUCAUUUUGCAUGAAUACGAAGCUUAUGCUGAUAUUUCCCUUGUCCCGGAGACAUACGGCAAUUGGCACAUUCCUCCCCAUUGGAUCGAUUCUGUCUCCCACUUGGCCGGUCUCAUCAUGAAUGCCAGCGAUGUCUCUAACACCAAGGACUUCUUCUAUCUCACUCCUGGAUUUGGUACCCUGCGCUUCAUUGAGCCCCUUUCGCCUUCUGCAAAGUAUCGCAGUUACGUUCGCAUGUUCCCUACUAGCGACGUUAAUGUCCGUGCGGGAGAUCUUUACAUCCUUCGCGAUGACAUCGUUAUCGGUAUGCUGGGCCAGAUUAAGUUCAAACGAGUCCCCCGCUUUUUGAUGGAUCAGUUCUUCACAUCUAGCGGGAAGAGUGCUGCCGGUCCUUCCCCUUCGGUGUCUCCUCAACCCGCACGCAUUACUCCUCCUAUUCUAGCUGCACCUGUCAAGGAGGUGGCGAUAUUACCACCACAGACGGUUGAAAUCAAGACUACUGAGCCAGUGCAACAGGUAGUGGUCAAUGUAGAGACUGAUUCUGGUGUCAUUGGCGAUUGUAUUAGCCUGAUUGCACGUGAAACUGGCCUCGAGGUCUCUGAGAUUACGGACGAGACAACCUUCGCGCAGAUUGGAGUUGACUCUUUGAUGUCACUUGUUCUUGCUGAGAAGUUCAGAAAUGAACUACAGCUCGGUGUCAAGAGCUCUUUGUUCCUUGACUGUCCAACGAUUGGAGAUUUGAAAGGGUGGAUGGAGCAGUACUGUUAA